CUCCCCCCCCCACCUUUGGUCGUCUGCUGCUGUGCUGCUGCUGCCUGCGUCCGAUCCCCCGUGAGAUCGAACGAGGAAGAGAAAUCGAAUCAGGAAUCGUAAUCGCUCCGCUGCGAUCGAGAAAAAGGAAGGGGGCUGGUCGCUGAUGAGAGGAUCGAAGGGGCGCAUAGCAUGAAGAACAUCCUCAAGAAGCUUCACAUCGUGGCGAGCCACACGGAAGACGCGGAUGCCUCCGCCUCCCCCUCCUCCUCCCCGGUCAAAGGUGCCGUCAAGGUCCCCCACGCCCACCCCGAUCAGAAGCCCCUCUCCAGCCUCACCAGCUGGUUGAAUUCCGUGUCCAGCAAGCACUCUUUCACCCCUCCCUCCUCGUCCUCCUCUUCAGCCUCCUCUUCCUCGUCCUUAGUUGCCAAACAGAGAGUGGAGCCGAGGGAAGGCCCGAGUACGGUCUCCUCGUCCGCUUCGGAAGCGGUGGUUGACUCGGCGAUGAGGGGUUCCACGUUGACCAAGCCGACAGUCCCGGAGAUGGACGAGGAGUACCAAAUCCAGCUCGCUCUGGAGUUGAGUGCCAGAGAGGAUCCGGAGGCGGCUCAAAUCGAGGCCGUGAAGCAGAUUAGUUUGGGCUCUUGCCCGCCUGAGAACUCCCCUGCUGAAAUUAUUGCUUACAGAUACUGGAAUUAUAAUGCUCUUGGCUAUGAUGACAAGAUCUUGGAUGGUUUCUAUGAUCUCUAUGGCAUAUUGGUUGAGUCUACGUCUUUAGAAAUGCCUUCUCUAACUGAUUUGCAAGGAACACCAGUCUCUGAUAAUAUCAGUUGGGAAGCUGUAUUGGUAAAUAAAACUGAAGAUGCUGACCUUGUCAGAUUUGAGCAGAAAGUGUCAUUAAUGGCUUCAAAAGUGAGGUCUUGGAGGUGGAGCAUUGGUUAGAAUGGAGGUGGACUCAGAGGAGUGCCACGGAGACACAUCUACUGAUCAUGAAGAAAAGGGAUGCAGAUGCGAGGCGACGGAUAGUAGGGCCAUGGGCAUGGUAGCGCCAUGGUACCGCAGAGGCGGGACUUCCGUGAAAGUCAUUGAUCCCUUGCUCUCACGGAGGGAGAGCGCUUGGUCGUGAAAGGGGCCGAGGAGGUGGAGCAUGCAGAGACAAUCUCUAAGUACCGAGACAAGGCUGAAGGGCAGAAGCCAAGAAACUUCGUAAGACCGGUGUCAACACGGUCUUAAGUGAUGGACUUCGGGUCAUGCAAGAGUGCACGACCAAGGAACGAAGCAGGCAGUACGCGGUGCUAUACCUUUGCUACUCAGUGGAGUAGGCGGCAGGGUUGAUGGAGAAGACGGUACAAUCCCAGAGGCGACCUCAUCUAUUUGAGAAUUACUCCAAGUUGGGGUGAAAACUUCCUGCAUUCCAGAAGUUCAAUGGCGUUGAGAAAGUGAAUCACAGUAACUAACUCAACGCAAGGAGUGCAAACACUUCAGGUGCUUCAGAAGUGUGAGCAAAGAGCAGGCGAAGGCCAGUAACCAGCUCGAUGCAUGAAGUACAACCUCGAGGAGGCGGGCGAAGUCAAGUAACCUUUGCCUUCUCAACUUUUAAGAGAAUGAGCGAAACCGAGUACCCCAAUUCUCUUAUUUAUCCAGCAGAGGAGCUCUGCACAAGUUCAAAGACCCUUCGAAGAUAAUGGAAGACAAUAGUUGUCAAAUCCUCACCAACGGCGAUCAGUGUUACUGAGAGUAGAUUGUUCGCUUCAUUUCCCAACGAAAUGCCAAUCGAAAGUGGAAGUGAUGCGAACCUACUUGGAUGUGACAACUAACUGAAAGAAGAGUCAAUGAGCAGAUUUUGUGGAGGAAGGACCCAAAACUUCAGAAGUUUGCAAGACGAUCCUCGUUAAAGCUCCAACAAGCAUCCACCCAGUUCAAGCAGCAUGAGGAAUUUUUGAGUGACUGGCGCAGUAAGGAUGGUCUUUUCCUUCAUCUGGCGGAUCCGCAAGAAUCAACAAGGAUCAACACAACUCAGCCAACCCCACACCAGAGUCAGAGUCAUUGGUGAGUUGAAGCAGCAUGGCGGAUCAAAGGUUCGACUACUCAAAAACAGCAGCGGAGAGCAGCUGGGAGCCAGGAGGCGCAUUGCAGCUGGAGCAGAAGAUUGAAGACUCAGCAAAGGCGAGGAGUUGCAGUGUUCACAAAGGCUUCGACGAGGACGUCGAAGGAAUAAGUGGGGGAGAAUGUCACGGACAAACUUCGAAACCGGAUGUUUGGUGUACUGCUUAUGUAUGUCCGUGUCCUUUGGUAUGUUCAUACCUUGUACAACAUGUAGAGGGGCAGCCGAAGGCUUAAUAGUCUCAUUUUAAUUGGGUUGGUGGCCUCUUUAGGCAUGUAAAUAAAAGUUGUGUCAUGUGGACACGUGCAAUGGACCAUUUUACCCUUUGUUGUACAACUGUUCAGAGCUUGUAAAGUCUGUUUGUAAUUUGCAUUGUCUAUGAUGUGUUUUUCGGAGAUGUUUGCUUGUGGAUCCCGAUUGAGGCGUUCUCUCUAACCCGUUCUCUCUUUUGGUGGUCCUAAGGGACAAUGGGAGGCUUCAGGGAGGCUGACCUUUGCGGACGGACACGCAAGGGUGCCGCACGACUUAGGCAAAACCAGCUAAGUCCGUGACAGUGCACUUGAGUUGUCUAAAAUAGUUUACUUUUGCUGUUAAUGCCAUGGAUGACCCUUUCUAGCUAUCUCUUUUAUCAAUGCUUCUUUUACUGUAAAUUUCAAUUAAUAGCUUUUUUGAGUACUACUCAUUUGUUGAUCUUCAUACACGUAUCCAUGAGGAGCAAUAUCUUGAAUUUAAUCCCUAUAACACAUGUCUAUUGCGAGGCCACUGUUUUGUAGGUUGGACUGAUAAUUAUUAGUCUAUAAUUGGUUGGGACAUUACGGCUUGUUGUGAUAGUCUAUUGUUGGCUGUAGUACUACAUUGUUGGCUAUGGUGUAUUGAUGAUCUUUUCAAUUGUUUCGUGUUCUUCCUGUCUAUGACUUGCUUUUCUAGCCUCAUGCUAAAUUUGGUUUUUUACAUCUUCAUAAUUUAAGAACUUACUGUUGAUGGAAGAUAUUGCACUUCAGUCUUGGAGGGUUUGCAGCUUUGAUGACAGCAGCUGAAUCAGCUCAGCAUGUUCGUGGAGUUGUUUUACUAAAUUCAGCUGGACAAUUUGAAAAUCCAAGUGAACA